GAAAUUCAAAGGACGACGAGAAAAAACCAAACAAAAGAAACGGAGGAGGGGGAAAAAGCACUUACAUGGAAAGAAAUAUCCCCGACCCCUCGCCAGAAGCUUAGAAUCAACAAAAGCCGUGCCGCUGAGCAGUACGGUUUUCGAAACCCAAAUGACGAAACUGCCACUCUACCCUCUUCUCGUUCUCCCAUAACAUUCCAUUACCCUUUCCUUAUCCAAUUAAACACACUCAAACUCUACUCUCCUUACGCAGUAACGGAGGCACCCAACGCAAACCAUGUCCAAAUCGUCGGCCACUUCCACCGCGUCGUGUCCGCCACUCAAACCCGACGACUAUUCCCACAGCCCGGUCCACUACGCCGUCGUUUUAGCAGACCACACCACUCUCUCCCGAAUCGUCUCCGCCCUUCCCCGACUCGCUGAUCCGACUCAGAUCCACACAGAAUCCGACUCGAUCUCUCAUGAACGAACCGCCGACCAGAUCUCAGCCGUACUCGACCGCCGCGACGUCCCCCACAGAGAAACGCCCCUUCACCUCGCUGUACGACUAAACGACGCCGUCUCCGCCAAAAUACUAGCCUCCGCUGGCGCUGACGUGUCCCUCCAGAACUCGGCCGGCUGGAACCCCCUGCAGGAAGCCUUGUGUCGCCGGAGCUCCGACAUAGCUCUAAUUCUCCUCCGGCUCCACCAUCGCUCCGCUUGGGCCAAGUGGCGCCGCCGCCUGCCCCGUGUCAUUGCCGUGCUCCGCAGAAUGCGAGACUUUUACAUGGAGAUCUCGUUCCACUUCGAAAGCUCCGUCAUUCCCUUCGUCGGUAAGAUCGCUCCUUCCGAUACGUACAAGAUCUGGAAGCGCGACGGGAACUUGCGAGCCGACACGUCGUUGGCCGGCUUCGACGGCCUGAAGAUCCAGCGCGCCGAUCAGAGCUUCCUUUUCCUCGGCGACGGCGAUCAAAACCACGACGUUCCCUCGGGAUCGUUACUAGUCUUGAAUCGCGACGAUCGGAAAAUAUUCGACGCGUUCGAGAACGCAGGGUCUCCGAUGAGCGAGUCCGAUAUUGCCGGUUUCUGCUCCCAAACGAGCGUGUAUCGGCCCGGCAUGGACGUGACCAAAGCCGAGCUCGUGGGACGGACCAAUUGGAGAAGGCAGGAGAAGACGGAGAGCGUCGGAGAAUGGAAAGCUAGAGUUUUUGAAAUUCACAACGUGUUGUUCAGCUUCCGCUCGAGAAAAGUCGCCAAUGGAGAUGCUGACGUGGCAGGGAGCGAGCAGGUGCUUCCUCUUGAGCUAGACGAAGACGACGAUGGGUUUUUAGUGGCGGAGAAUCCAAGCUUUGGAAUGCCCGACGGUCGGAGGCACAGUAGUUUUGUGAGGGAAGACAGGGAGUUCGCGGCAUUGGGAAGAAAAAGCGUCGACGUAUCGUCAAUGGCCGCGGCGGCGCCGCCAAGGCGGUCCAUGGCCGCUCCGCCGAGGAGAUCCAUGGCGGCAGCUCCUCCAAGGCGGUCCAUGGCUGCAGCUCCGCCGAUGAGGCCUAUGGCGGCAGCUCCGCCUAUGAGGCCUAUGGCUGCGGCGCCGGUGCAGACAAAAGAAAAAGAGUACGUGAGGAGCUUGAGGCCGUCUGUAUGGUUAACGGAGCAGUUUCCGCUGAAGACGGAGGAGCUGUUGCCGUUACUGGACAUUCUGGCGAACAAGGUAAAGGCAGUGAGGAGGAUGAGGGAGUUGCUCACCACCAAGUUCCCGCCAGGAUCUUUUCCGGUGAAGGUGGCGAUACCGGUUGUCCCCACAGUCAGAGUGGUGAUAACAUUCACUAAGUUCGUCGAGCUCCCGCCAACCGAGCAGUUCUUCACUCCAAUGUCAAGCCCCAGACAGUUUAUCCACGAAGGACGAGGCCAGCACCAACAUCUACAACAGGAGGAGGAGGAGGAGGAGGAGCACAAGUACAAGUCACAGAAACCAUCAUCCUUGUCGUCGUCGACUUCGUGGCUGAGGCGGAGCAGCAGCCAGUCGGGGUCGGGGAGCAAGCAGAACCUCCAACCCCAACGCGGUGCUCCACCAGCGGCGCAAGACUCGUCCGACCCUUUUGCCAUUCCUAGUGGCUAUACGUGGACAAGUAUCGAGGACAAGUCUCGCAAGAUGAGGAAAUCCAAGUCCAUCAGGAGAUCCAAGUGACUUGUGUAAUCUUCCCAAUUUAAUUUGACACCAUGAAAUUUAUGGAAAUUAGUAGAUAGAUAGAUAGAUUUUGAUUGAUGAGGAGUUACGUCAUUCGUGUGCUUUUUGUUUUUCUGAAAGUUGCAUAUAUAAGAUGAUUGUAGAUACGGCCAUCUAAUCUUCAGUCAUUUUCUAAAUGGAGUUUGGUUAAUUAACUAAUAGAGUUGCGGGCCGCAACAAGAUUUUUGGGUUUGGGCUCCAAUCCAAUGAUGUAGACUGAUUUAGUAAAGUUGUUAAUCCCCAAUUUUGUGUUGUC